AUGUAUGAUAAAACCUAUGCAUGUCACGAUUCAAUUACUUGUGGAAUAAAAUAUGGAAAUAAUAAUAGUACAUUUUCCACAGGAUUGCUGAGAGAAAAUGUCUUCAUGAGUUCAUUAUUUACCGAAGAUUACUUUAAAG